AUGGACUUUGCCCCGACUCCUCCCAGAAAUCAGUCCGCAACAGAGGCUGCUAAGUCAGAGGAGUCCAGCCCGGAAUGGGAACAAUCUCGUCAUACUGCCGUCGUUACAACCAAGUCUUCUCCCAGAGUAGAGACUAUCGUCACUCACGUCCCCUUUACGCUAAACACGCGGUACUUUCUCGAAAGGCAAAGACUUCAACAAGAAGAGGAGGAGAGAGCGCAACAGGCUCGCCGGAACACGCGGCCGCAAUAUCCCCACCAAUUUUACGCCUACGCUUACGACCGCGGAAACGGCCGCUACACGAGACUGGUCCCAGCGGAUAUGCUUCCUCCCCUCGUGGGUGUGCCCGCUUACGAGUCGGAUAUCUCUCGUCUGUUCGUACUUGAGCUUCCCCAGGCCUUGGAUGCCGACGAGCGCAACACCAACAUUCAACCGGUUCAGACUCAAGUGGCGCAGGGUGAUGCCGUUCAGAUCGACCAAAUCGUCUUGGCCAGCCACAGUCCCGCAGCCAAUACGAGCCUCACUCACCAGGCCACCGCAACCGCCUACCUGACACCCCCUCCUCUGCACGGCCAAGGCCCCAAGCGAGCCAAGAUUUUCUGCGACAAGUGGGUGCACGAGGGUACCUGUGCCUUCACCCAGCAGGGCUGCAAGUACAAGCAUGAGAUGCCCUAUGACAGGGCUACUCAGCACAUGCUCGGUCUGUUCCAUGGCUUGCCUGCUUGGUAUAAGCGGCAGCAAGCCGAGCUGAUGAGGCAGAGACAGCAGCUGGUCAGCAACGACGAGUCGAGCACCAGCAAGGGACCCAUCGAUCUGACCGCGCUCCGUGGCGCUCCCCAUCGUCGUCGGUCUCUGACUACGGCUUCUGGAAGUCCGAUCUCGCGCAGAGGCUCGGCUGAUCAAGGGUCGGCAUCUGGUAGUGGGGGUGAGGCGAUGGGGGUGGGAGGUCAGGCUCACGCCGCCACGAACAGCAUGGGAGCAAAGAGCUUCGGAGGCGGUGGUUAUCAGCGUGAGAAAAGCUCGAGUCCUCGAGAGUUGAACAACUGGCGUCCGAGUGUUGGAGGUGGCUCUUCAGGACCCUCUCCAAUCCCCACCGGCCCCCAGAUCCUAAGCCAAGGCCCCUGCCGCUUCGGUCCCAUCGGACAACCCGCCCAACCUCAACCUCGCGACCCUCGCGGCAAUCCCAGCAUUGUCAACAGUCAUCGCCGCAUCGAUGCUCCUCCCGGCUUUCCCCCCAAUCCUCACUCAUACCGCCUCCUUCCAACCACCACGACCCCCGACAGCUCUGAAGACGAGGGCAAGGGGGAGGGCGGCCCCCUGGGAGGGGGAGGAGCUCGAGUCCAGGUCCAGGCCCAGGUACACCAGCAGCAGCAGCAGCAGCAGCAGGCCGAAGGCGGCGGUGGCGGCAUAGCAGCUCAGUGGAUGGGAUCGGCUUACGAGGAUGGGGAGAAUUCCUGGAAGUGGUCUCGGGACACUAACCAGGGGUAGUUGCCCCUGUGAGUUGCUUCCAUUGGUGCACAGCUGGACAACAAGAACGACAGAUGGCACGCUGGCUGGCUGCUUAAGUUGUCUGGUGUUGCCUGGGUAACCGUUAACCCCCCAGUUAAGACAACGGCAAUGACAACAACGAGGCUAGUCGAAAAAGGUAGAGUCAUGGAUAAGGGAGGACACUCGCCCCUUUUCGGGCGGGCGGUUUGCAACUUGAAGGGUUGUCCAUGUACUGUGGUAAAACGAUGCAACUAACCUACCUUUCGACCGGGUAUUAUUCGCUUCUUCUCAUAGACUGGAUCCAAGUGGCCAACAAGUUCAAGCCCACGACCAUGGCCGCCAACGAGCGACCAGCCACUUGGCCAGUCGGGGUGAUUUCUGCUUUGGGACGUCAUAUAUGCGAAGCAUUUUUUUAAUUUAUUUUUCUUUAUCGUUUGGGACAUGACCGCGAAGUAUGAAGAUUUGGUUUGGAAAUCUGAAAAAUUUAGUUUAUACAAGUUCACACGGGGAGUGGGGGAUAACCGAAGGAAACCUCGAGACAGAAUGUGAUGUAUGGUGCAAGAGCAAGAGAUACAGGCGUGGUGAGAUCCCUGGGACUUAGAUAAUCCCUCAGUACUCGCUUAGGGUGAAACUCCCUGGGCGCUCGCUCAGAGUGUUCUGAAGAUUGGUCUAUAGAGUCGUUGGUUUUAUCACUUUUUUGGUGAGUGAGCCAGCUUCAAGGGUGGAGUGAUUAUGCGCUGCCGUCCGCGGAAGACGAUAUGAAAUGUAUAGCGCUCGCUCAUGUUGC